AUGGGAGAUUUCGGCUGGGCCACCUUCUCCAAAGCCUCCACCUUCGAGGCUGCCAGCAGCGGAUUGCAGGUUUCUCCUUGUGCCCUGGCGCUGUCGACCAGCGCCAACGCCUGCCUCUCCGAGACCGGCGUCUGGGGGGCGCCGGUGCCGCUGGGCGCGGCGGUCGUCGCCGGGGGCCUGGGUGUCCUGCUCGGCGUCCUCGCGGUGCUGCUGGUGCAGGUGACCGUCUGCACGUGCCUGGUGUCGGUGCGGAUUGGCCUGUGGGGUCUUUGGAAGGCCGCGCCGGCGCCUCCGCGAGCCGAGCGGCCGGAGCAGCUGGCGCCCGUCGUGGACGCGCCCGUGCAGUCGCUGGUGCGCCGGGCGCUCAACCUGAAGGCAGGGGACGUAGUGUUCCUCGACUACGGGGAGGCAGAGGAACCGUGGCAUGAGAGGCUGAUCCUCGCGUCUUUGGGCGGGGCGAGGUAUCUGGUGCUGACCCCCGACGAGGACAUGUACGAGGAGGAGAUCGACACGCGCAGCGUGGCCGACUUCCGGCAGGCGGGCCCGCGGGGCGGCUUGCCGGCCGGCCUUGGAGCAGCAAAGGGCCAGCCGGUCUACCGCUUCACGGAUCGGCCGCGCGGCGCUGCGCUGCAGUCGUGGAUCGACGCGGCGGAGGAGCAGGCCGUGGAGCUGCGCGCGGCGCGGGGGCUCGCCGAGGAGCCUGAGCCUCCGCCCUUGGCUGACGGGGGCGCGCCCUCGGGGGCGGGCGCCGCGGGCUCCGGCCUGACUGGCGAGCGGGCCGACUGGAUCUGCGUGGUCCCCGAGGGCGACGUCAAGCGGGGCGCGGUGUACUCGCUCCCGGACUCGCUCGACACGCCGUCGGAGGACUUCGUGGCGUUCGGGCAGCACGGGCUCUACGACCUGGGCCGUCGCGGCAAGUCGGCGGUCCUGGUCAGGCUGGCGCCGGGCGAGACCGCGGACGAGGCCUUGCGGACCUUCGUGGCGACCGCGGUGCCGGACGCUGUCGGGGGGACGCGGACGCCGCCACCCGCCGAGGACGCCCGCACACUGGCCAUCAAGCGGGACGCGGCCGGCCGCCGCUUUCGGGAUCUGAAGAGCGUGGCGGACUCGUCGGAGCAGUGCGAGUUCGAGGACUGGGCGCUGUCGGGCCCCCGCACUGCCUCGUACGUGGUGAAGGAGAUUGCCAAGCAAAGCGGGGGCCCGGUCCAGCGUCACACCACGUGGAAGCACGAGAACAAGCUCAACGAUGACGAGCAUAGCGUGGUGGCCCACGAGAUGCUGUCGGAGAUUUUGGAGUUGGCUUGCACCUACGACCAGGUCGACGUGGCCAACCUGGCGAGCAUGGGGGCGCUCGCGAGGCACCUGCAGUUCCUGGAGCACAAGGUCAAGAAGAAGAAGGAGACGAUCAAGGAUUUCGAUUCCCAGGACUACUACCUGGGACGCACCAGGAGGACGGGCGGGGCUAUCAUCAGCCCGGAGCUGCUGAAGUGGGAGGAGGAGCGCAAGGCUGCGGAGGAGCAAGUCAUGAUGGGCUUCGAGGCUGGGAGUUGGCCGUACCCAGCCGGUGCCACCAGGCCGCUGGAGCGCAUGGUGCCGAGGGAUCUGCUGCCCUUGCCUUUGGUACCCGUGCCGCCGGCUCGGGGCGCGCGGGCGUUGCCGCGCCGCUCCGCCCAGAGGAUCGGCCGCAGGUCUGCUGCGGGCCGCCGUGUGAAUGACUGCAUCGCCGCCCUGAACAACUUGCACGGGGAGGGCGACUUUUGCUCGAAGGCCCGUCUUUCGGAGGCGCAAUUUUCUGCUGUGGACAUGCUCUGGCAGGCCGCGUCGGACGACAAGCCGCCGGACGACGCCCCCAGCCCCGAGGCAGCCCUCGUGGAGUUGCUCGGCAUGGGUAGUCUGGGCUAUGGCCCCGACGGCCCCACUGUGGUUGCGCCGUAUGAUCGCGGCCUGGUUUCGUGGCCUGAGUCGGCGGGCUGCGUCGGCUUGCUGGAGGUGCUGCCGGAGCCAGACCGCCAGGGGGUGAUCGACGGUAAGAAUUCGAUGAUGCUUCGCGCUGAAGAGGUUCGCCCAGGAGCCACCAAGGUGUACUGGGAUAAGACCUUGCAAUCCGACACAGACGAGUACCAGCGGUUCGUGCAGGACCUGCUGGCCCGCGACAUGGUGGAGCUGCGGACUCGUCGCGAUUUUGAAGUGGGAGUCUUCUUCGUGAAGAAGUCGGGCCGCCUGAGGCUCAUUGUGGACGCUCGGGCUGUCAACCAGGCGCUGAAGCGGCCGCCGACGAUUCACAUGGCGCCCACCGCGGCGCUAGUGAACAUGGAGGUCGAGGACGGCGCCCAGCUGGAGUUCUCGAUCCAGGACAUCGCGGACUGCUUCUACCAGUUCCGCGUGCCGGACUACAUGGUGCCGUGGUUCGGCAUGCGCCCGCUCAGAGCGAGGCAGCUGGGCGUGAAGGUGGUCGACGGCCUCGCGGUCUCAGAGGGGGCGUGGGUCUACCCGUGCCUGCGGGUGCUGCCCGUGGGCUUCGCGUGGGCCAUGCGCUGGACGCAGCAGGCGCACCGCGAGCUGCUGCGGCGGGGAGGCCUCGGUGGCAUCGAGAGCGAGCUGGUGGACAGGCAGAUCGCUCCGAGCGUGGACUCUCCUCAGGUGCCGAGGGUCGUCUACGUGGACAACGAGAUCUUCGUCUCGUCGCGACCGGGCGCCACCCGGGGUGCGAGGAGGCAGGCAGCCAAGGUGAUGACCGAGGCCGGGCUGCCACUGCACGAGGUCGAGGAGAGCAAGACGGUCGUGGAGGCGCUGGGCCUGGAGCUGGACGGCCUCAAGCUGCGGGCCCGGCUGGCGCGGGCCAAGCGCUGGAGGCUCGGGCUGGGCACCCAGGUCGAGCAGAGCCAUGCCAUGCUGCUGAAUCGCCCCGCUUUGUGCGUCUUCCGGUCGGCCUACGACUUUGCCCGGAAGCACUGCAGGGUGCCCGUGCCGCUCCGGCCCUCGGUGCGGCAGGAGCUGGCCAACGCGCUGCACCUCAUGCCGCUGCUGGCCGUCCAGUUCGAUCUGCCGUGGUCCGGGCGCGUCACCUGCUCCGAUGCCACGCUGCGCGGCUAUGCGGUGCAGGAAGCCGACAUGGAGCCGCCGGCCGUGCGGGAG